AUGCCACUAUAUAUAAGCAAAGGAAACCAUAGCUCGAUCGCCUCCAAGCAGAACGCGCGCGUCCAUUUGCUCACCAGCGCUGUAGCUCGGCAGAAACGGCAGGCCAUGAGGAUCCGCCAGGCGAGCUGCCACGGCCGGAAGCCGGCCGGAGGAAUGCGGCGUGGACGCUGGGGGCGGCGGGUGCGCGGCGGCGGCGGCGGCGUCCGGCUGGGCCUGCUGCUCCGGCUACGCGUGCGGCUGUCCGGCGUCGUCGGCCUGCUCCUGCGGAGCGUCGAGGAGCUCAGGUGCCGGCCCGGAGGCAGGGCCUGCAGGUGGUCGUCGGCGCCGAAAGCGCCGGUGCCUGCGCAGUGCCGCCACGGCCGUCGGCCCCCGGAGUGGGACGAGAGCUCCUUCUACGCGGAGGCCAUCGCCGACUGCCUCGAGUUCAUCAAGAGCAGGUCGUCCUACUGUCCCGUGAAUGGCGGUAGGGUUUAGUGCUCUUUUUUUUAUUUCUUGUCCUGCUGUCACCUAAUUUGUCUUUUUUUGGU